AUGGUCGUCUGGAAAUGCGAUAGAAUAGUGAAGAACUAUCACGUCGAUGUGAUCACCAACUACAUCAUUCGUAAUUUGUCUAAUUACGGUGAUCGUGUGGCACUUCACGAGUGGGAAACGGGUCGCAAGCUGACCUUUGUGCAGCUGCAUGACUUUAUCUACAGUAUGGCUGCAAACCUGAGACGUCAUGGCCUGGCAAAGGGAGACGUAUUGUUGGUGCAAUUGCCGAACUGCAUCGAGUAUGUCAUCGCUUACUAUGCAACAGUUCUUGCGGGAGGGAUGUUCGCAUCCAUACCCGCUCAGUCAACAGCAGAAUUUUUCGUUUUCAAUCCAAUUCCUAAUAGAGAUUCAUACUACGAGCCAUUCAACUCCGGCGACUGCGUGGUUUGCGCCAUGGCGAUGCACAACGGUUACUCUCAGCAUGCUGUUAUGCAUUUGGCGAUGAAGCAAGCAACCACAAUGGUAAUCCUGCGCAAGUACGCUUUUUCGAAACUCCUCGACGUUGUGAGCAAGUGUGCGGUGAGUUACCGUGAUGUUCGACUCUUUCUUCAACAUAGAACCAUGGCUGCCACUCAGCUGUCGCACAAAGGCAAUAUGCAGACUUUAAUCCCUUUAAUUCACAAUCGAGUCUAA